AUGUGGACUUCUCCAGAAAGCUUCAUUUUAGCUAGCUACCAAGAUCAUACGGGCCUAGGACCUCUAUCUCCAGAAACGUGUCCGGUUAAUAUAGUGGUAUUCAUUGUGGAAGUUGAAUGCAAAACAAAUGACGAAUGUGUUAUCUAUUUUUCCCUUGGUUUCAACCUAUCAGGACACAGCCAAAGCGAUGUUACUUGGAAACUCACGGGAAACAUCGGCGGAGAAGACUACCUUGACAUCGCACGUGGUCCGCUCAAUGAAGGAGGGCUCUAUGCGGAACGACAAGGCUGGCAUCAACCCUCACCACCAAGUCAGAAUUGGGACGAUUCUAGUCCAUUGGCCGGGAUCACUGAGCCUGGUGUUGGAUUCUGGACGAAUUCAUUCAGUCUUAGCCUCCCUAAGGGCUACGACGUUCCGUUGUACUUCGUUUUUGGCAACAAUAGGGACAGCACGCAAUCUUAUAGAGUCCAAUUAUAUGUGAACGGAUAUCAGUACGGCAAAUUUGUACCGCACACUAGACCUCAAACGGAGUUCCCUGUACCACAAGGUAUUUUGAACUAUCAGGGUGAAAACUCGGUAACCGUGACGUUGUGGGCUCAUGGGAGUAAGGAUGCCAAGUUGAAUAGUUUUGAACUUGUGAACCGCACCCCCGUGUUAACUGCACUUAAUGGAGUGACUUCGUCGGAACAGCCGGCAUACUAG